CACAUUAUCAGCCUGUUUGCCUUCCAAAGGUCUUUGCAAAAUAACAAAUAUCUAUUGAACCGCAUUAAUUGAUCAAACGUUGCGUAGAACUGCAAACAGUUAACCAUUCGUUGUAUGCACCUGUUAACUAAUAUCAAAAGAUGGUGAAGCCGACUAUAUACCCGAGUGAAAAUCAGAAGGUGGACCUUAAGAAGGAGGACCCGUGUGUUGUUGUGGUAACAACCGGAGAGCAGAAGAAAUCGACUUCAACCUCAACCUCAAAAUGUAAUCGUAAAGCCAUUCUGUUGACAAUUGCUGUUCUCUGCCUGUUAACUGCUGCAGCUGUCGGAACCUAUUUUGCACUGAGGUCAGAGGGUGAACAUGAUGAGAUGACGUCUGGAAGCAGCAGUGAGAGCAGUGAGAGUGGAGAGUAUGAUGGCCACCGUGGCGGAGAGCAUGGUGGACAUGGAGAUCAUAAUGGUGGACAGCAUGGAGGACAUGGAGACCACGAUAGUGGAGAGCACGGUAGACCUCACACACCUGGCCACCACGAUGGUGGUGGCGAGCAUGGCGGACGUGGAGACCACGAUAGUGGAGAGCACGGUAGACCUCACACACCUGGCCACCACGAUGGUGGUGGCGAGCAUGGCGGACGUGGAGAUUAUGGUGGUAGAGAGCAUGGCGGACGUGGUGACCACGAUAGUGGAGAGCACGGUAGACCUCACAGACCUGGCGGCCGCGGACGACCGUCUCCAAGAACAGAUAGACCACUUUAAUUAUCUAUUGCCUUGGGCGUAUCAUAAACAUAUAUGAUGUGUCUACAGCUUCUGUGUGAAGAACUGAAUAAUAAUUAAGCGAACAUUUGAAUUCUUUAAAUUAAAUCGAUUUAGAAAACAAACAAUAUAUAGUCAAACGGAAAAAUAAGAAAUCUGCAAGAAGAAAAUUUUGUAGAUCUAUCAUAUAAUAAUAACUUAUAUAAUAUAUAUAUAUAUAUAUAUAUAUAUAUAUAUAUAUCAUCUGG